AUGGAAAAGCUCCGUCUUCUGACCUUCGACGGUGUUUCCGACCCUUCUGUCCACGUCACAUCCUUCAACAUUGCGAUGCGACGCGCAAACCUCUCUGACGAAGAAAAAUACACCGGCUUUUGUCAGCUUUUCGCCGAAACCCUAGAAGGAGUUGCUCUCAACUGGUUCACCGGCCUCCAAGAGAACUCCGUCAGCAGCUUUCACGACCUCUCGACGGCUUUCCUCAAGAACUAUAUCAUGUUUACUCGUCAGGAAGCCACCGCCACGGAUCUCUGGAAUCUCAACUACGCUAAUGGCUGGAGCAAAAACAAAGAGAAGAAAACUCAGAAGUCUCAAGCCAGGGCUCCUCAAAACGAAGAACGAGCUAGCCCCGAGAGAGCCCCAGUGAACAACGUCAAUCCCGAGGAUGAGUCAACCGAUGAGGAACGACUGAAGAACCGACGACGAGUGGAAGUAGUUCUCUCUCGACCUGACGAUUCAUCGGAUGACGAAAUCCCGCCGAUAGCACCCGAUUUGCGUGACAAAUUAGGGAGAAAAACGGACUCUGAGGAUCUACGCGUCUUGCUAAAGCGAAAGGCCGCAAUGGUAUCAGUAAGCAAGGCGGAUCUCAGGACGACCCUCAAUGAAUCCAAAGCGAGAAAGGUUGCCCACACCAUAAUUGCUCCGAGCCCCCAACCUCAAAUCACAGAUUUACGCGAGCAGAUCAAUUCUAGAGCCGAAGACCUACGGGUCAAGCUCAGUCAGUCCAAAAGACGUGACUUACGACGCUGUCUCGAGAAGGCAAAACGAUGUUCCAGCACGGUUCCUCAAGCUGAAAAUACUACCAGCGACCUACGGGCACAACUGGAGUUGAUGAAGACUACGCAUACCCCCCUUCUCAACGUGAUAAUGGGCGGCUCACCUCCAUGCGGAGACUCGGUACGAGCCGUAAAGGAUUACCGACGACAAGCCGUCACCGCGCAAAAAUGGCCUUCACAAAUUGAGGCUGACCAUCAGAUCUCUUUCUCAGCGGCUGACACUCGCGGCAUCAGCAUGCCGCAUAAUGACCCACUCCUCGUUGAUAUUGGGAUUGGUGAAUGCCAGGUCACAAAGGUCCUCGUUGACACUGGCAGCUCGGUCGCCCUUGUCUUUAGGGAUACGCUCGACAAGAUGGGAAUCGACUUACGCGACAUGAAACCCUCUUCACGCACUCUUACCGGGUUCAACGGUUCCUCGGAAAAAAUGAUUGGGACAAUACGUCUCCCAGUUUACGCAGGGGACGUAACCCGAACCGUAAAGUUCUCCGUCAUUCGGGCAAAGGCGCCUUACAACGCUAUCCUCGGCACCCCUUGGUUGCACUCUAUGAAGGCCAUUCCCUCUACUUAUCACCAGUGUGUUAACUUCCCUGGGAAGUAUGGCACAACACAGACGAUCCGUGGAGACUAA